AUGGCAACUGCAGAUGUGCAAACAGCUCCUGCAUCCUCACUCGACGUAUUUUCCAAAACAGCUGCUGAAGCCGAAGUGAGAGAAAUCAGCCCGGAACUCGCAGCCAACCAUCGGUAUCUUAUCCAAUCACCAUACACGGAACAUGAGCAUUUGCUCGACCUUGACACUCUUGACAACGAAAAUGAGCUCCUCGCAAGAGCCUUGAGUCAAUUUCGAGUUCUCCGUGACGACUACGCGACAGCCCCAUACACAGAAUCCUUCAACUGGCCAGAGGUGAUCGAAGAAGUGAAACGUCUGGCGGUCGAAUCUGGAAAACCCUUCAAAGAAACGUCGUUUUAUAUUGUGGCAUUCCGAUCACGAAUCAAGAAGGAGACUGAGUAUGCUGAUCUUGGCGUUCUCGACAAGGGUGCACAUGCUGAGGCCGUGGCGAGUGGUGGAUUCCUCAAAUACUGGUUUGGAGAACCUGACUCAGAAUUGGCCAACUUGGCGACUUGUGUCUGGCGUUCGCGGGAAGAUGCCAAGAAGGGUGGUACAGGCCCAGCUCAUCGCAAAGCUGCUGGAGCAACUCGCUCCUUGUAUGCAUUCUGGAAGAUUGAUCAACAUCGACUUAUCAUUCGAGACAAUGCCGAGAGCUGGGAGAUUAUCCCCUGGCAGGAUUAG